AAUCGAUACUCGUUACCAGGAGGAUCCUUCCGCCUUGGAGAGCUGCGUUUACUCCUUCUUUCCUCGGACCACUCCUCUACAAAUAACCGAGAGGAAAGUGAACGGGGGAGCAAAGAGGAGAACGGAUACAGUCCACACUUUAAUAAUCUUGAUUGAGUUUAGAGUGCUGGGCACUCCCAGCCAUCAACACCAUGGGGGAACUCUUUAGAAGUGAAGAGAUGACCCUGGCCCAGCUCUUCCUCCAAUCGGAAGCUGCCUACUGCUGUGUCAGUGAACUGGGAGAGAUUGGGAUGGUGCAGUUCCGUGAUCUCAAUCCUGAUGUAAACGUCUUCCAGAGAAAGUUUGUUAAUGAAGUGCGGCGAUGUGAGGAAAUGGAUCGCAAACUGAGAUUUGUUGAAAAAGAAAUUAAGAAGGCCAACAUUCCGAUAAUGGACACAGGAGAAAACCCUGAAGUUCCUUUUCCAAGGGACAUGAUUGAUCUGGAGGCUACAUUUGAGAAGCUCGAGAAUGAGCUGAAGGAAAUAAACACCAACCAGGAGGCCCUGAAGAAGAACUUCCUGGAAUUGACUGAACUCAAGCACAUUUUGCACCGUACUCAGCAGUUUUUCAAUGAGAUGGAAGAUCCCAGUUUGCUUGAAGAGUCCUCCAUUCUCCUGGAUCCCAAUGAGCCAACCCGAGUAGCUCCUCUCAGACUUGGAUUUGUGGCUGGAGUUAUAGGCAGGGAACGUAUUCCCACAUUUGAGAGGAUGUUGUGGAGAGUUUGCAGAGGAAACGUGUUCCUGCGGCAAGCAGAUAUAGAAGACCCCCUAGAGGACCCAACCUCAGGUGACCAGGUCCACAAGUCCGUCUUCAUCAUAUUUUUCCAGGGAGACCAGCUGAAGAAUAGAGUUAAGAAAAUCUGUGAGGGAUUCAGAGCAACAUUAUACCCCUGUCCAGAAACCCCCCAGGAGAGGAAAGAGAUGCUUGCAGGAGUGAAUGCUCGCAUUGAUGACCUGCAAAUGGUUCUGAACCAGACUGAAGAUCACAGGCAGAGGGUCCUGCAGGCUGCGGCCAAGACCGUCAGGGUGUGGUUCAUUAAGGUGAGGAAGAUGAAGGCCAUCUACCACACCCUCAACCUCUGCAACAUUGAUGUCACGCAGAAGUGUCUGAUUGCCGAGGUGUGGUGUCCUGUGUCUGACAUGGACUCCAUCCAGUUUGCACUGAGGAGGGGGACAGAGAAGAGUGGCUCCACCGUGCCUUCCAUUCUCAAUCGAAUGCAAACCAAGCAGACCCCACCCACGUAUAACAAGACAAACAAGUUCACCUCUGGAUUCCAGAACAUUGUGGACGCUUAUGGGAUUGGCAGCUACCGUGAAAUGAACCCAGCGCCAUACACCAUUAUUACCUUCCCCUUCCUGUUUGCUGUCAUGUUUGGUGACUUUGGCCAUGGGACACUCAUGACCUGCGCUGCUCUCUACCUUGUGAUAAGAGAAAGCAGGCUGAUGGCCCAGAAGAAUGAUAACGAGAUAUUCAACAUGGUGUUUGCAGGACGCUAUAUCAUACUCCUGAUGGGAAUAUUCUCAAUGUACACUGGGAUUAUUUACAACGACUGCUUCUCAAAGUCCCUCAAUAUCUUCGGCUCUGGAUGGAGCGUGAGACCCAUGUUUAAAGGAGGAAACUGGACAACUGACACACUUGAAGGCAACAAGGCCUUGCAGUUGGAUCCAGCAGUGGAGGGAGUUUUUAAAGGGCCGUACCCCAUUGGAAUUGAUCCGAUAUGGAGUAUUUCUAUCAACAAGUUGACAUUUUUGAACUCCUUCAAGAUGAAGAUGUCUGUUGUCCUAGGAGUCAUCCACAUGCUUUUUGGAGUCACUCUAAGUCUCUUCAAUCAUCUGUAUUUCAAAAAGCCACUGAACAUCUACUUUGGAUUCAUCCCAGAGAUUGUCUUCAUGUUCAGUCUCUUUGGCUACUUGGUCAUUCUGAUCUUCUAUAAGUGGGUGUCUUAUGACGCCCACACCUCCAGAGAUGCUCCCAGUCUCCUCAUUUCCUUCAUUAACAUGUUUCUCUUCAGCUACAAUGACCCCAGUACCAAACCUCUCUACAGGGGGCAGAUGGGGCUGCAAUCAUUCUUGGUCAUAAUUGCCUUAGCAUGUGUUCCCUGCAUGUUGGUCGUGAAAACUCUGGUUUUACGGAGACAGUAUUUGUGGCAAAAACAUCUGGGCACACAGAACUUUGGAGGGGUCCGAGUGGGCAACGGUCCCACCGAGGACGAGGCGGAAAUCAUCCAACAUGACCAGCUCGCACAGCAGUCUGAGGAUGAACCAGAGAGUUCCCUUUUGUUACCUGCUUUCAAGGCCCCUGAGGAGGAAGAGUUUAACUUUGCAGAUAUGGCUGUGCAUCAGGCCAUUCACACCAUUGAGUACUGCCUUGGCUGCAUCUCUAACACUGCUUCCUAUCUGCGGCUCUGGGCCCUCAGUCUCGCUCAUGCACAGCUGUCAGAGGUGCUUUGGUCCAUGGUGAUGCGCCUCGGCCUUUCAUCUCGAAACUUUGCCGGUUUCAUCCUUCUGGCCAUCAUCUUUUACUUCUUUGCUGUUCUCUCAGUUGCCAUUCUGCUCAUUAUGGAAGGACUGUCUGCCUUUCUGCAUGCACUUCGACUGCACUGGGUGGAGUUCCAGAACAAAUUCUACGCAGGUCAGGGCUUCAAAUUUCUCCCGUUCACCUUUGAAAGUAUCUUAGAGGGAAGAUUUGAAGAAUGAAACAGCUUUCUUUACGCCUGGUUCUCUCAUAACUUCAGUUUGUGUGUUGUCCAAAAGUGUUUUUCGUUGUUGUUGAACUUUUUUGUGUGUGCGUGUGAUUAAAUCUCCACGUUACCAGAACAACUCUGGUAACGACUCAUGACUUGGUGAUCCUAUAGUAGCUCUAUUUAAUCUGUCUUAUUUCCUUUAAUAUUAUUUAUAUUGUCUUUUUCUUUAUAAAACCUGCACUGCUGUUCUUUGUUGGAGGAAUCCUCAACAUGAUACACUAGAUAUCCCCUCUGCUGAAGUUUAGACAGCGAUAGAAAUGUUCGUCCUUGUGUCGUCUCCUGUGGUUGUAUUUGAAGUUUUUGUUAUUGCAGAGAAAAAUCACACAGAAUUACAAAACUCUGAAUGAUGGCAAAUGCAUAUAACAUAGCACUUAGUGUUUUCCUGUUGGUAUACAUGAAAGAGAUCAAUAAUCUGCACACAGUUCCUUUGUAGUGAUCUGCAGUAUUUCAUUACACAUUUCUGUAGCCUUAGAAGGGAUUAAAGCAGCAAGCAAAACAUGUUCAGGUCGUUUGUUAGAAAUGGUUGACCUUGUCCAUAACUAUGUCAAUAAAUUGGGAAGAACUGGUU